AUGUAUCGAAUUAUAUUCUUCUUUAUUUCAUUGUUAUUGAUAUUACUCCCUUCUUUACUAAAUUGUGACGCAGAAUGGAUUGGUCCUACUUUGAAAAAAUACGAUAAUAAUUAUAUAAUAAAUAAUAAACAAAUUGAAAACAUUAUUUUACCCAUUUUCAUAAAAAAAGGAGAAUGUAUAAAUUAUGACCAUUCAGAAUUUUUUUUUUACUACUAUAAAAAUAGUGAACAAAUUUUUAAAAAUAUCUCUAUAGAUUGUACUAAUAAAUAUAUGCAACCAUCAUUUCAUAUGCUUAGAGAAAAACGUGACUUUAUUAAUUAUCAUAAUUUUUUUAAUAAUAAUAAAAAUUACCUAUUACCAUAUUGGGAACAAAAUUUUCAUUAUUUUUUUCUCAUUUAUUCUAAGAGUAUAUAUUUUACAAAUAUAGAUAAUCUUUUGAAAAAUCACAAAUCAAAUAUAAUAAUACAUAAUUCUAUAACUAAAACAACAUAUGGGAUAUACAACACUAGCAUAAAUUACAUUACUAGCAAUAAAAAUAUUGAAAUAGACACAUUUUGGAAAUCUUCAAAAAUUAAUAGUUUUUUUUCCUUUCAAUUUUACCAUUUUACUUCUUUUAGAUUUAUUUCGAAAGAAAAAGUGCGAUAUCCAAAAUAUGUACAAACAUAUCUUUAUACAAAAAUUGUGAUGAAUAGAAAAAUAGAAGAAACUACAUCCUUAUUUUUUGAAAAAUAUUCAGCUAGCCAUAAUAGUAUUUUCAAAAAAAAAAAAAAAAAUAUAUACUCAUAUAGCUAUUUUAUCAAUUUCUCUAUUUGCCGAAUUAAAAGAAAUAGUAAAAAGGUGUACACAUUUAGUGCAAUUUUUUACAAAUUUUUUGAAUUGAUAUAUUCAAUAAUCGAAAAAGGGAAAAAAAUAACAAGCAAUUUAAUAUGGAAUAAUUUUUAUGCUAGCUAUUUCUCAAAAGGGGAUAUAUUUAUGAACGAAAUAAAAAGAAAAGUGAGAAUUAUGAAUGAUUUGGUAUAUGAUGAUGAUGAUGAUGAAAAUAAUGACAUGCUUAAUCGGCGUAAUUUCAAAAAUAAUACAAAUCAAUAUUUUACAUGUUUUUUAGAUAAAGCAAAAGAAAAUCCAAAUGCCCUUAACGAAAUCGAUAAAUGGAUUAAUCCUAAAACUAAAUCAUGCUAUUGUCAUGAAGAGCAUGCAGAGCCAUGUUCAUUGGAUGAUAUAUCUGAGAUUAACCAGUUAGAUUCAUAUAUGAAUAAUGAAAUGUGCAACUCUAGAAAUAAUAAUAAAAAUGAUGAAAUAUUUAUUGCAUUAGCUGGGUAUAACAUAUUAAAAUGUAAACAUGCAGAAAAUAAAAAUAUGAACGAACAUAAAAAUAAAAAUAACGAAAAAAAUGAUAACAAUAUUUAUCAGCAUGAUCCAAAUGAUAAAUUAGACAAUGAACAAAUGUAUAAAUAUUGCAAGUAUGGAUUAAAAUUAUGGAAUGAUAAAAAUAUGUAUAAUUAUAAUAACUGUGGUACAGUAAAAAGUUUAGACGAAAAAAAUAAAAAUAUAUGUAUUGAAAAAUGUCAAUUAAUACAAACUCUUUGUGGUGAAAAACGUAUACAGUUUUACUCAUUUGAUGUAUGCAGGAAAUAUUAUGAAACAAACUCAUUUACAAGAUAUAUUUUUGUUCAUAUUUUUAAAUAUUUUGAUGAUAAUUGCACUUAUUUUGAUCCAAAUAAUCAUGGUAUUGUCUUGUGUAAACAUACAAAAAUAAAAUGUAAUUUUAGUUCUUGGUCAGAUUGGUCAGAAUGUACUAAAUCAUGUUUAAAAGAUGAAUAUGAUAUCGAACCAAUACAAAAAAGAACUCGAUUUUUAAGCAAAGAUAUGGAAUAUGCUUCUAACGCAUGUAGUUCAUAUGUGAGUGAUGAUAAUAAUAUGAUGGAAGUUCAAAUAUGUGUAGACUUACCUUAUUGUGAUGAUAUAAAUGAUUCAAAUAAAGAAGUUACAUCUAAAAUAAAGAAAGGUAAAUAUCCAGAUAAAGAAAUAUUAUUACCAUUUGUAAUUUCACUUGAUGAAAUAAAUAAAGCAAAUGCUUUAAAAGAGCUAAAUAAUAAUGACACCGAUUUAACGAGUGAAAAUUUUAUUAUUAACAAGUCAGAAAUAUUAACAAAUUGUGUGAUAACAGAUAUGAAUAAAUAUGAUAAUUAUAUUAAAUAUAAUGAAAAAAAUAGAUCUUGUUCAUGUCCUAAUAAUGAACCAGCUUGUUAUUUUAAAGAUAUAUAUAAUUCAUCUACAUGGAAAAAAAAAUUUGAAAUUUUAUGCAAACAAAAUAAUAAUAUAAAUAUUGUAACAGCAGAUUUUGUCCUUAUUAACUGUAAUAUGUUAAUUAGUUUAAAUAAAAAAGAAAUUUCUAUUAAUACAUAUUUAGCUAUGACUUUUGAUUGUCGCUCACCUUUAUUCCAAUAUUUGUUUUGCUCUAAAACAUCAGAUCAUAAUAAAAAAAAUUUGAUAUAUAUGAUUAUUACAAUUGUAUUUGGUGCAAUUUCAGCGAUAUAUCUUGUUUAUUUAAUUGUCAAAGAAAUUAUAAAAUAUAAAGAUAUAUGCUUUCAACUUAGAGAAAAAAAUAUAUCUCAAAAUGAAAAAAAAUAUGUACAAACUGAAACACCAUCUGAAAAUGAUAUAAUUACAGAUACCAUAAAGAAAGAUUAA